UAAAGCAUUCCAAGUGACCUUUCUGCAUCUGAAAACUCAGUAACUCGAGAAUGGAGCAUCGCGAUCACCAUUGCUUCAGCAGAAAGCUAGAUUCCGCCAUGGACGUAGACUGUUGCCUAGAAGAUCAAGAAAAGGAAGAGGAAGAACUUGAUCCCUUUCUAAAAUUCGUGGAAUACGCAAGAUCUGAACUGUUAUCACUAGAAGGCGAUGCAAACGGAGACGAUGACGGUUCUACUGGACUUGGAUGGAGUUGGAUCGCGUCUCGUAUUCUGAAGACUUGCAUUGCUUAUUCAAGCGGCGUCACUCCCGCGAUCUUGCUCUCUGAACUCUCUCAGGCGUGGAGUGAGCAACGCAGGGUUGGGGCUCCGAAGAAGCGGCUCGAAGUAAUCAACCAACUCAAGAAGAAUCAUCGGAGGACUAAGCUUCCGAACACAGUUACAGUUGAUUCCAUAUUCGAAAAGAACUUCCUGUCCUUGAGCAGUGUUCUAGAAGCUGUUAUCGUUGAUGCAUUUGUGCUCCCAGGCACAAACAUCCACAUGCUCAUAUUAGGGGAUUAUUGGAGCUCCAAUACCAUAGAUCUCUACCUACACCGCAGCAGAUUCUAUGACUUGGCAGGCCUGCAAAACGGAAUUCUGAAGCGAGGGAGGGAGAUUUUUCUCACCGGUUGCUACCUCCGAACUGCCACUGGAGGUUCUGGACGUGCACGUCUUUUGCCAACAGAGUAUCUUGUGAUUCUAUUGGAUGAGAAUCAGGAUGAUGAUGCAAUGCUACUAGGAGCUCAGUUUUGUUCAGACUCUUUCUCUUCAAUUUCUCUUGAUGCAGUGAACGGAGGGGCUUCGUAUUCCCUUUAUGCCCGGAUUAAAAAGAUCGAGUCUUCGGAAGUUCAAGGGAAGUUUGGAAUCUUACAAAGAAAACAGAUUACUCUUGUUGACGGCGAUGGUGUUGUAAUAAAGUUUUUCUUGUGGGGUGAGCAGAUUCUCCUGGCCAAUCUUUUCAGAGUGGGAAGCAUGCUUGCCCUGGACAAACCGUAUGUUGCUAGUUCAGAGGACUGUGAUGGCGAGACAAGUGAAGGUUUUUGUCUCGAAUACGGAAGCGAAACACAGUUAUAUUUGGUGCCUUAUAUUCAACACGAAGAACAGGUGUGCGUAACAUUGACUCCAAAUCGACGUCACGGUUCACGGCCCUUGGGUUCUUGUAAUCCCAGUCAGGAUCUCAAGGUUUCUCAAGUUAGCUUGCCCCGUGAUUCUCAGGGGACCAUUGAUUUCAGUAAUUAUCCUUUUAGGUCAUUUGUGGUCGACCUUCGUGACAAGAUGACGGGCAUCAGUCUCUAUGGUGUUGUUACAGAUAUUAUCAAAGAAGAAAAUAUCAAAGAAGCUGUUUUCUCUUUAAGAAUCGCGGAUGCUAGCGGAGAAAUUUGGACAAAGCUUCAUUUUGCGGGAUUUUGGUCCUUAGGAAGAGUGAGUCUCGGUCACACUGUAUUCAUAUCUGGCUUGACAUGCUCAAUGUCGAAACAAACAUGUCUGGAAGUAUUAUGGUUUGAGAAUGGUACUGGAGCUUCUUUCAUCAAUCUCAGUUGCUUACCAGCAUUGAUCUACUCAUCUUGCCUUCAUAAGCUAUCGCGACUCUCUGAUAUUUCUGACCAGACUAGCUACGCACAAGUAUGUCGAGUCUCGCUUGAUCCAAUUCGGUAUUAUUACGUUAAUACACGAUUUUCACAUUCUCUAUGUGGUCAUUUUGUGAACAAGAUGCCUGAUGGGUCGAUGAAAUGCUGCUUUUGUCAUACAAUUUCUGAUGCUACGUUAGUACGCACUUUUCAUCUGAAAAUUACUCUUGUGGAUGAGGGUACGAAAGUUUUGGCAUGGUGUACAGGUCAAACUGCUAUGGAUUUGUUGCAGAUAGCUCCUGAGGAGUUUUAUGAACUUCCCGAGGAAGAGCAAUUAAUGUAUCCUUCGUCGUUAGAAAAUGAGAGGUUUAUGGUUGCAUUGGUAAAGUGUAAGCGAGAUGGUUGUGUGAUAGAUGGCCUCUCGCCAGACGGUUCAAUUUCGUGGGAAAUCACUCGUGCAUACAAGUGUGAAUAAUUGUUGAAUGCAGUGUUGUACAAAUGAAGGUGGCACUGGGAUUGUAGUGAAACUGUAGUCGUUCCUUGCACUAUCAUAAUGAAGGCCUGAAAGGUAUUUCGUUAAGAACCCACUUCAUGCGUCCUGUCUAAAGGAAAGUCUAAUGAUCCAUAGUUCAGCCUGAGUAUUGCUGUAUAUUUUGAGUGAAUGUUUCAAAAUAUUUAUAUUACAUCAAUUAAUUAAUUAAAAAUUUGAUUGAGUGAUUAUUUAAAUUAAAUAUUUGCUUUCGAC